AUGAAUCCUAAAAUUUCUUCCCCACCAAGUGAUUCCACACAAGCUCCUGAAGUCCCAACUGGUAAUGUCCCUCUUUCUCAUGUAUCAACAUCUGAAGUUCCACAAGAAGAUGAAACAACUAGACGUCAUGUUGGGCGUGAGUCUACACAAUGUUGGACUGUUAAGGCAAUAGACUCUGAAAAAACCAUCAAGAAGAUUAAGGUGAAAGUUAGGGGAGUCAAUAACUUACCUAGGGAGUUACGCAUCAUUGUGAAUUUUGAUGACCAAGGCCAAGCAAUUGGUGAAGCACAAGCCUUGCUUGCAGGAUUUCUUGGAACACUAGCAGCUGAUUGUAAAUUAUUUCCUAUGGAUUAUGAUAGAUGGUCAGGACCUUCAGGUGUACCUAAAGCUUAUUUUCAUGAUUGCUUUGAAACAAUUUUAAAGCCUCAAUUUUAUUUUAAGAUUAAUGAAGCUGGUGCAAAACGGUAUUGCAAAUUAAGUAUGGGAAGAAAAUGGGCUGCAAAUAGGCAAAGCUUAUGGAAUGAAUUCAACGAUCCAAUCAAAACAAGAGAUGAAAUCAUAAAAAAUAUGCCGAUAGGCAUAGAUAAAGAUCAAUGGGCUCGUUUUGUUCAUUAUCGUCAUAAACCAUCAACAUUGGAACUUUGUAGGAGAAAUAAAGAAAUUCAAAGCAAGCAAGUUAUUCCACACAUUGGUGGAUCCAAAGCUAAUCCUAGAAGAAGAAAUGAGUUGGAACAAAUUGAAGUAGGAUUGACUCAAAGCAUAGUUGAUGAAUCUGAAGUUUCUCCUCUUGAUGUUGUUGGUAGAGUGUUAGGGUUAGAGCACUUUGGGAGACCAAAUGAUGCUUCAAGUGUUCCUAAUACACCUUUGGAUGCAAGAGGAGCUUCUGGUGCUAGCAACCCUUAG